CCAUGGCUAGGUGAUCAUAAAGUAUGGAGGACAAAGAUAUCAGAUAAGUUCUCCAGACUGACUAAAAAAGAGAUGUCCAUGUUAUUCUGUUUUCUGUGUUCUGACUCCGGUCCUCCUGACUUCACUGACACAGAGUGGCUGGACUUGCUUAAUGAGAUACGACGGGAGGUGUACGAUGAAUAUGAUCCUGUAACAAGUGAGGAAGCACAGCAGACUCUGGACAGACUGAAGUCACAUGAUUACCUCUGGGAAAAUAAAGACAAGAUAACGGAGGACACAAAGGAUGAGACAAUGUAUAAGAUAGCAUCGAUAUACAGUUAUAUACUAUUCUGUUACAGUAGUUAUAACACAGCCAGUGUGUACCUUAGAUCAUACACAUACAACAGAAAACCUAGAGAGAAGUGUGUCAGUAGUCUUGGCUGUGAUUCCUUACUGAUACGCCGUCUACAGAUGAACAUACUGACUCACGUCACCAUGGAGGACACGAAUAUAUAUGAUGAGAUACACCAGAGAUUGAAUAUUUCAAUCCAAAUACAAAAGAACGGCGAAGACAAAAGAAAACAAUUUCUUAUAGACCUCAGAAGAGAAGGGGCGACUUUACAUUACAGAGGAAGAUCACAUGACAGUGUAGAUCACGUGACGUGGCUCAGGAGAUACGGCAAACCUGACAUCGUGAGAUCCUGUAUAGGUCUACAUCCACACUGGGACAUUUACAUCAUCGACAACAAAGCUUACAGAAAACCAAGUAAGAAGGAAAAUAUAACGAUAAAAUCUUCAUAAACAUUAAAAAGGGGAC